ACCAGAUAUGUAUAUAAUAUUGCGAUAAAAUCACCCUAAUUAAUGAAUAAAUUGUUAUGGUUGAAGGAGCAAAAUAAUUUUUACGAAAUGGCUAGUUCAAGUUCAAGAUUUCGUCUACUUUUGUUUCAAAAUAGCACUUAUUGGAACAGGAAUGUGUUAGCAGCUUGUAGAACUUGUCAAAUGACAGUAAGGUCAUUUGCCUCAACACAAACUUCUCCAAAGGAAGCUCCGACUCCUCCUACACCAGCCGAAGUCACAACAGCCAAAUCAACAGUGCAAAUCAGUGAUAGUUGCAUAAAGCGAAUGAAGAAAAUUGGUGCUGAACAACUGAGAAUAUUAGUUGAGGGAGGGGGAUGUUCUGGAUUCCAGUACAAGUUUGAAGUCGACAAAACAGUUAAUGAAGAUGAUAGAGUAUUUGAAAGGGAAGGUGUGAAGAUAAUUGUAGAUGAGGAUUCAGUGGAAUAUCUUAAUGGCUCUACCGUGGACUAUCAUGAAGAGCUGAUUAAAUCAGCAUUCAGAGUUAUAGACAAUCCAAAUGCAGAACAGGGCUGCUCAUGUGGAGCAUCUUUCUCUGUGAAAUUCUAAUGUACAGUGAACAGUGCUGUUCUAACCAACCUAACGCAUAUUACAGGCCUGGGCUGCAUUAUCAUCAGAUCCUUCCAUUGCUUCCUCAUAUGUCUUAUUUAAAAAUCUAUGUAGAGCAAGGUUUUGAAAUUUUUGAAGGACGAGACUCUACCUUGUAUCGAAUGCUUAUAAGUUAUAACAUACAAAAACAAACAUUUCUGUCAAGUCAGAAUAGUUGUGAUGAAAUAUGCUAGCAGUUUUUUGUAUAUUUGUCUGGGGAAAGGAUGAAGGGGAUAGCUAAACAAAUUUCUUUUUGUCUACCUGCAUUUCCAAAAAAGAUUCUGUUGCAGACAAGUGAAAGGGACCAGCUCAGUAUUUCAAUGCUGUCAAACAUUAUUACAUUUCAGAUAAGUCUCCUC